UUUAUUAGCAAGGCUAGUUUUAAAGUUCGUAAUAAUGAUACGUAGUGUGAUCGGAAGCUACUUCGUGGCAAUUGUUUUGUUUCGUGUAAUUUCUGCCAAACUUGAUGAUUAUGUAAGAUACGAAAAUGAAACGUACUCUGAUAAUAUCGAUUAUGCUGAAUCAGCCUUUCUUAGAAAGAGAUGGAUUUCGGAGUUAUUCUUCGAGGCACAACCGAAGUUUAAAAUGGAUUCUACGGAGAAUACUGCGUGUAAACAGGAUUUCGAUUUGUUCAAGUUGCAUCUUGGAAAUCAUUCUACGUGGGCGGUCAAAAUGAUGGAAUCAUCAGAAUGGCCAUUAGCUGGGGUUUUUUCUGGAACGGUCGAUUACCUGGGAAAUUACGACCAGUGUUUGGCAAUUUUGUCGUACAGCAUCCAGGGACGAUACUGUCUAGCCAAAGUAGCAUAUAGGUAUUUGGAUACUGCACAAAGUGAAGCACUCGAAGAACUUGAUCAAAGAAAUUCAGUUUGGAAUGCUUUAUCUGUGUUCAACAUGCAUCUGCAGUACAAAAAGUCAACUUUUCAUUUCAUGUUCCCAGUAUGAAAAAAAUCCAGGUCGAGUGAAUAGAAAAAGACUGACAUUCGCUGUGUGUAUACCAUCAUCUUGUACGCCAGCUGAUUUGAAUGCGACUCUGAAUAACCUGUUGUAUCCGAUAUUCGAAAAUAACCGACUUGAUGUGACGAUUGAUGUGGAUCCCAUAUUUUGCAAAACGCAGGACGAUAUUGUUUAUCCAUCAGGAUUUUAUAUUGCCAAAUGGUCGUUUUUAACGUUUUUUGCAUUUGUGAUUUGCACAACUGUAUAUGAUACUGAAACGGACAAUGAUGAUAAACAGAAACGGCGUUUCUUCAAAGAGGUAUCUGAAAUUUUCUCCUUGAGCAGAAAUUUCAGAAAGUUGAAGCAAUAUAAUGCUAAAGAAAGCGCAGGACUGCAUUUUGUCAAAGUUCUGAAUAUCUUAUUUACUAUUUACGGUCAUCGAUUUUUUUACAUCCUUAGCUUUCCUACAUCCAAUGCUGCUGUGAAAGAACAGUUCUAUACCGGUUCUGACUUACUCCUAACACACAUGAACAUCGUGGUGGACGCAUUUUUCAUAAUUAGUGGUUACCUGACAUUUCAUUGUGAAUUUCAAUCUGUGAAGAGAGAUGGAAAGUUCUUCUUGGUUACUAAUAUCCUACUCAGAUGGAUGAGAAUAGCUCCAGUAUUUGGUGUUUUGCUGUUAUACAUCAUAUACGUGUUUCCAUACACUGGAGAUGGUCCACUUUGGAAUUAUGAAGUAUUGAGUGAAGUCAACAAAUGCAAAGAAACCUGGUGGGCUGGCUUAUUUGCCAUAAACAACAUUGUCAGAACUGAUAAACUGUGCAUAAUCCCAAGUUGGUACAUAUCAGUGGAUAUUCAGUUGGCUGUCAUUGGAGGAAUCUUAUUGUACAUUUGGUCAACAAAUACAAAAAUUGGCAUUUUCUCAGUUGUAGUGACUUUCGUCGCUUCCAUUGUGGUCACCUUUAUGAUUGCUUAUAAGAACCAGUUAUAUGGAUUGAUGAGAAUACACUUGAAUAUGAUGAAAGAUGAUUGCAGGACUAACCCUGAAUUCACCAACUUGUAUAUUGCAACAGUUACCAGAUGUGGUCCUUAUUUAAUGGGAUUUAUGAGCGCUUAUGUUAUUCAAAUACUGAAUGAAAACAAAAUCAAAUUUACCAAAAAACAAACCUGUGUAUAUUCACUACUAGCCAUUUUGAUUAGUGAAGCGUGUUCAUUUUAUGGGCUCGUGUUUUAUGCGAUGGACAGACCAUAUGAUAGAUUUGAAAAUGCUUUGUAUGCAGCUUUAAAUCAUGUAAUAAUCAUGGUAAUAUAUAUUGUCCUGGGUGGUUUUCAUCUCACAUCAGGAUUAGGUGUUUUUGAUAAUCUUUUCGGAUGGAAAAUAUGGAUUCCCUUUGGACGGUUAACGUACUCGGUUUACUUGAUAAACACGAUAGUUCAAUGGUACCACGUUUCUUCUCAAAAACAGCCGUUCACUUUACCCGAUAGGAUAAAUUUGGUAUGGUGGUUCCUAGGCGAUGUUGUGUGGAGCUACUUGAUCGGAUUGGCUUUAUAUUUAUUUGUCGAAGCUCCGAUUAUGAACGUGAGAAUAUUAGUUAAAAAACAAUUAUCGAAAAAAUUUACAUCGUGCAGAUAUUUGAUGUAUCAAUGUUCUAUAGAAUGUUCAUGCAGUCUAAACCAGAUAAACAUAUCGCUGAUAGUGAUUCAAAGACACUCGUGAAGCAAUAAUUUUCCAAUUACCAGUUGAGAGUAAUGUUAUACCUACCUACUGAUUUUCUAAGAAUCACGAAAUACUUUCAACGGUUUCAUUUAAAUAACAAGACUGUUUAAAUAAUAGUUGCUGAUAAAGAUGUACGAGUAACUUGAAGUAAAUACUCGCUAGAAAUACAAAUAUUUGUCAUUCGUGAA